AUGGAGCCCCUUAGUGCUCAUGGCCUGCCCCGGCUAUCCUGGAUCGACACCCUCUACAGCAAUUUUAACUACAACACAGAUGGCUAUGAGGGGGACGGGGCUGAGGACGGCAAGUCUCAGGAUGGCUCGGAGACGCUGCCCUAUAUAGACGAGUCGCCCACCAUGUCGCCCCAGCUGUGCUUGCCCCAAGGUCCCGAUGGAGAAAUGGUCUCCCCCACUCCACCAGAGGGCCUGUUGCCUGGGGGAGGCAUAGAGAAAGGAUUGGAAAUGAAGAAACUGGUGCUGUCUGGUUUCUUGGCCAGUGAGGAGAUCUACAUUAACCAGCUGGAGGCCCUGCUACUGCCAAUGCGUCCUCUGAAAGCCACAGCCACAACCUCACAGCCUGUCCUGACCAUCCAGCAGAUAAAGACCAUCUUCUACAAAAUCCAGGACAUCUUCGAGAUCCACAAGGAGUUCUACGACGCCCUCUUACCCAACAUCCAGCAGUGGGAUGAGAAGGUCACUGUGGGACAUUUGUUCCAGAAGCUGGCCAGCCAGCUUGGUGUGUACAAGGCCUUUGUGGACAACUACAAGGUGGCGCUAGAGACGGCAGAGAAGUGCAGCCAAGCCAACAGCCAAUUCCAGAAGAUAUCUGAGAACCUCAAAGUAAAAGGACCGAAAGACUCUAAAGAUUGUACCACAACGAUCUCAAUGGAGGCUCUCCUUUACAAACCGAUUGACCGUGUCACCAGAAGCACCCUGGUCCUUCAUGACUUGCUAAAACAUACUCCAAAGGACCACCCAGACUUCCCCCUCCUGCAGGACGCCCUGCGGAUAUCUCAGAACUUCCUGUCCUCCAUCAACGAGGAGAUUGACCCUCGCAGGACUGCUGUCACCACACCUAAGGGAGAGGCUCGUCAGCUGGUGAAGGAUGGCUUCCUGGUGGAGGUGUCGGAAAGCUCGAGGAAGCUACGGCACGUCUUCCUCUUCACCGACCUGCUGCUCUGUGCCAAGAUGAAGAAGACGGCUGUGGGUCGACACCAGCAGUAUGAGUGCAAGUGGUACAUCCCUCUGGCGGACUUGACUUUCCAGACCUUGGACGAAUCAGACUCUUGCCCCAGCAUCCAGGUCCUGCCCGAGCACGAGCUGGAGGAGAUGAAGAUCAAGAUCUCGGUCUUAAAGAAUGAGAUCCAGAAAGAGAAGAAAGCACCAAAGGGUCAGAGUCGUGUGGAACGUCUGAGGAAGAAGAUGAACGAGCAGGAGUCAUGGCUGCUCAUGCACUCCCCCACCAUCCCAUUCCGCAUCCACAACAAACAUGGAAAGAGCUACCUGUUCCUCCUCUCCUCCGACUACGAGAGGUCAGAGUGGAGGGAAAGCAUCCAGAAACUCCAGAAGAAAGAUCUCCAAACGUGUGUAUUAAGUUCCGUUGAGCUUCAGGUCCUGACCAGCUCCUGUUUCAAGCUCCGCACUGUCCACAACAUUCCUGUCACCAGCAACAAAGAUGAUGAGGAGACUCCUGGCCUGUACGGCUUUCUGCACGUGAUCGUCCACUCCGCCAAAGGAUUCAAGGAGUCAGCCAAUUUGUACUGCACCCUUGAAGUGGACUCGUACGGAUACUUUGUCAGCAAGGCCAAGACCCGAGUCUUCAGAGACACCACAGACCCACAGUGGAAUGAAGAGUUUGAAAUCGAGCUGGAGGGCUCCCAACACCUGAGGAUCCUGUGUUACGAGAAGUGUUAUGACAAAAGCAUGCUCAACAAGGACGACAACGAGAUUGUGGACAAGAUGAUGGGAAAAGGAAAGGUCCAGCUGGAUCCUCAGACGGUGCAGUCCAAGAACUGGCACAUGGACGUCAUAGAGAUGAACGGGAUCAAAGUGGAAUUCUCCAUGAAGUUUACAAGUCGGGACCUCAGCUUGAAGAGAACGCCCUCCAAAAAACAGAGUGGGGUGUUUGGAGUCAAAAUCAACGUGGUGACAAAGCGUGAACGCUCCAAGGUGCCUUACAUAGUCCGUCAGUGCAUUGAGGAAGUGGAGAAGAGGGGGAUCGACGAAGUGGGAAUCUACAGGAUCUCAGGGGUGGCCACUGAUAUCCAGGCCCUCAAAGCAGCUUUUGACACCAAUACCAAAGAUAUCCUGGUGAUGCUGAGCGACAUGGACAUUAACGCCAUCGCUGGGACGUUGAAGCUGUACUUCAGGGAGCUGCCGGAGCCUCUGCUCACCGACCGCCUCUACCCCGCCUUCAUGGAGGGCAUAGCGCUCUCUGACCCAGCAGCAAAGGAGAACUGCAUGAUGCACCUCCUCCGCUCACUGCCAGACCCCAACCUCAUGACCUUCCUUACUCUGCUGGAGCACCUCAAACGGGUGGCUGAGAAGGAGCCCAUCAACAAGAUGUCCCUCCACAACCUGGCCACCGUGUUCGGCCCCACUCUGCUCAGGCCCUCAGAGUCCGAACACACAAAGGGACAGCACAUCACCUCCGCCUCUGACAUCUGGUCACACGACGUCAUGGCACAGGUCCAGGUGUUGCUCUACUACCUGCAGCAUCCUCCCAUCUCCUUUGCCGAACUGAAGCGCAACACGCUUUACUUCUCCACUGACGUUUAAAAUCACCCACUCACCUUCCUCAGGGUGCCACCUGCAGGUGAAAGUGGAAGACUCCAUCCUUCCACUUGAUCCUCUCCUCCCAGAAGGCAGCUCAUCUCGACUGUACAGUCCCCUCCCCUCCCCCACGCACACACACACA